AACUUCAUUCACUCAUUGGUCAUUACCAAUUUGCCAUAACCUCUCACAAAGCAAUGUCAUCAGCUUCAUCUUCUUAUUCCUUCACCACUUGUGUGCUAUUCCUCUUUGUUCUUCUUAUGUCUUGUUUCAUGAACAACCUUAGUGCAAAGCACCAGCACCUGCAUAAGCACCAGAUCAGGCCCAAGCACACCCAUAACCCUCCAUUAAACCCGAGGCUCUACCGUGCUUUUCUUGCCCUCCAAGCAUGGAAGCAUGUGAUCUACUCAGACCCAAAGAACCACACUGCUAAUUGGGUAGGUCCUUCAGUUUGCAACUACACUGGUAUCUACUGUGCUCCAUCUGUUGAUGACCCUAAAGUAACAGUUGUGGCUGGCAUUGACCUUAACUUUGGAGACAUUGCAGGGUUCCUACCUUAUGAAAUAGGCCUGCUCUCUGACCUUGCACUCCUUCACCUCAAUAGCAAUCGCUUCUGCGGCAUUGUUCCAGAGACCUUGAGCAACCUUACUCUACUCUAUGAGCUUGAUCUUAGCAACAACAGAUUUGUUGGACCCUUUCCUUCAGUUGUGCUUCGCCUUCCUUCCCUAAAAUUUCUUGACAUCCGCUACAAUGAAUUUGAAGGGCCAUUGCCUCCUCAGCUUUUCAACAAAUCUUUUGAUGCUGUCUUUGUUAAUAACAACCGCUUCACCAGUUCUAUUCCGCGAAAUUUAGGCCAAAGCAAAGCUUCUGUUUUGGUCUUUGCUAACAACAAAUUUGGAGGCUGCCUGCCAGAGAGCAUAGUAAACUUCGCUGAUACUUUGGAGGAACUUGUCCUCAUCAAUACCAGCAUAUCAGGUUGUCUACCACAGCAAGUUGGAUUUCUCUACAAACUGAGAGUGUUUGAUGUGAGUUUCAACAACAUUGUUGGCCCCAUACCUUACAGCCUUGCAGGGUUAUCUCAUUUGGAACAGCUAAAUUUGGGCCACAACAUGAUGAGUGGCAUAGUCCCUAUGGGAGUUUGUGACUUGCCAGACUUGGCUAACUUCACCUUUUCUUAUAACUUCUUCUGUGAGGAAGAGGGUAUUUGUCAGAAUUUGACAUCAAAACGGAUAGUGUUUGAUGAUCGCCGGAACUGUUUGCCAGAGAAGCCUCUACAGAGGAGCGAAAAGGAAUGCAGUGCCCAACUUGAACACCCAGUUGAUUGCUUUGAGCUUUGUUGUCCUGUUGGGGGUUCUGGGAACAAUGUCACUGCUGGUUCAGUGGCUAUUCCACCUGCUGCAGUUCCAGCUGCAAUGCCUGUUUCUGCACCUGUUCUUGCACCAAGCUACCCUUGAUCAAGCAUAAUGUGUUGAUAUAAAUAGGCAAAAUAAAGUCCAAAAUUUGAGUUAGCGAAUCACCUUGUAUAUACCUUGUUUUCAAAGUUGUGUGCUAAUCCAUGUGUGUGUGUGUGUGUGUGUUUGGUGUUGUAUCAUGUGUCUUGUUUUUGCAAUGUGUUAUAUCUGACAGGAAGUGAGUAAGUUCACAUAAUCUCUUGUGCUUUGUUGGAGUACUAGAUUUUUAGGGUGAAACCAUAAGGAGGCCAUUCACCUUUUAUGAUGGAUUGGCAUGUUAACAAGCUGGAGAUGAAGACCCCGAUUUUAGUAUUUAA